AUGGAACAGGCUCAGACACAGGCUCAGCCGAUGCCAGGCGACCUUAACUGGCGCCUGAGUGCUCACCCGCUCACUUUACUCUUCUUUCUCGGAUUCAGAAUAGGUAGCUUGCUCAUGUACUUAUUCGGAGUCCUUUUCAUCAAAAACUUCAUCCUCGUCUUCAUCAUCACCCUCCUCCUACUCUCUGCCGAUUUCUAUUACCUGAAGAACAUUGCUGGCCGUCGACUAGUGGGGCUACGGUGGUGGAACGAAGUCAACAUGCAGACCGGUGAAUCGCACUGGGUGUUUGAGAGCUCAGACCCGAAUACCCGUGUCAUCAGCGCUACGGACAAGCGAUUUUUCUGGCUGGGACUCUACAGCACUCCGGCACUGUGGAUUGGACUGGCUGUCCUGGCCAUUAUCCGGCUGCAGAGUGUGAUCUGGCUUAGUCUUGUCGCAAUUGCUCUUAUUCUCACCAUUACCAAUACCUUGGCAUUCUCAAGAUGUGAUAGGUUCAGCCAGGCUUCUUCGUUUGCCUCGAAUGCCCUUUCUGGCGGUAUUGCCGGGAACUUUGCAACGGGGAUGUUUGGACGAAUUUUCAGAUAA